AUGCCACUCUCCCAAAACAAAGCCCUUCACCUCGCCGCAAACACCAUCGCAACCAUCUCCAUCGGCUUCGGCUUCAACGCCUUCCUCCGCCCGCAACAUGGGCUAACCUUCUUCGCAUGGGACUAUCCCACGUCUCUGCCAGAGAGGCAGCUAGUCGAUAGCUUAAUGUAUAUCUAUGGCAUCCGCGACAUCUUCAUGGGAGUCGCUAUUUACAUCUGCUCUUUCUGGGGAACACGCCAGUCCCUGGGGUGGGUGCUUGUUGCUAAUGGUGCGGUGGCCUUGGCGGAUGGAUUUGUGUGUUGGACGUGGGGAGAGGGCCAAGGAGCGCAUUGGGGGUAUGCACCGCUGAUUAUUGGAGUUGGGGGUGCGUUGCUUGGGUUGUUUGAUUCUGCUUGA